AUGGAUUCCUCUACUGAAGAGGCGAACAGCUCCGAACCUGGCUCUCCCGCGAGCAGCCACACUGUCAAGAGAGAUGUUGUCAAACGGGCUCGAAAGGCAAGCAAGCGCAACAUCGAACGCAUCACCUCGCUCGAGGGAACCACAGUCAUCUUCACGCCACUAGAGCGGGAAUCGAACCUAGCUAAGCUCAACCACUUAAAGCUCUCGCAAUUCCUCACUUCUGAGCUACCUGGGAGAAUUAAGGAGAUUCGGCCGAAUCACGCUAGGAACAUUAUAGCGGUAGAUGUUGUUGCCCCUGCUGCGAAAUUAGCCCUCCUGCAGCUGAAUCGCAUAUGUUCCAUUCCUGUCCGUGCCUAUGAGCCCCGCCCAUUCAACUCAUGCUAUGGCGUCCUUUUGGGAGUUGAUACCUCCAUCUCCGACAGCCAAAUUAUGGAGGCCAUUAAGUCCGACCCUCCCCUAAUAGCAGCCAGAAGAAUAAGGCGGGACGCUGGUGCGGUGAGGCUAACGUUCCUUGGGCCGAAACCUCCUAAGCGCGUCAGCUUUCACCUCCUGACCAUGCAAGUUCGUGAGUACCUACCGCGUACGGUUCAGUGCAACAACUGCCUUCGCUACGGUCAUGUAGCUGCAUGCUGUAGCCGACGGAAAAUAUGCCCUAACUGCGGAUCCUCCCACGAGAGCCCGAUGUGCCCUGAAUCUGAACCCACCUGCAUAAACUGCAAAGGACGUCAUGUCGCCACAUCAAGGGACUGCCCAUCCCUAAAGUUGCAACGACACAUCGCCAGGGAACGCUCUCGCUCCAACAGUAGCUACCGAGAGGCGAAGGCUAAACUCCGGCUCACAAAGCGUCGCAACCAACCUAAGGCAAUGGGUACACGAAAGUCUCAGGAGAAGCUUUCACACAGGGGUGUACAACCCGCUCCCAAAAGCCUCCAGACGUCGCAACAACAGAUCGUUUGGGCGGAAACUGAUUUCCCCCCUCUAGGCCCUGUCGACCAUCCAGAGGAUAAGGAUGCCUCCCCGGCACAACCCCAUGGAAAGAAAAGCGACCCCCCGCUCCCACUCCAUUCCCAGCCAGCCUACCGUAAGGUGUUAGACCGUCCAGAAGGCGCAGACCUGCCCAUGGUCAUCAUCCAGCUUCUCUUUGCUGCACUGAAGGCUAUCGUCUCGGCAGUCCCUGAAUGUACUGCUCUCGCAGAAAUCCAAUCGGUCCUCCAACUCGAAGCUGUGAUAGCACCCCUGCUCCUCCCCAGCAGCAGGCGUUAA